AUGCCUAGAGUGGCAGAGAACCUUCAAAUGAUUGUCAUACCUAUUUACUAGAAAUGUCUUAGAAAAGCUAAUAUGUUACUGAAAUCCAUAAUGGGCGAUACAAACGAAGCCUUAAUAGACAAAAUUUUUGCAAAUAUCAACUCUGCCCACCCAGACUGUCAGCUUGCUGUUGCAGCUAUGACCGGCUACAUUUAUGGAAUUAUUAUGACCAAAAUCGGGAAGACCUUAGCACUUGCCACGGGAGGAGGAAUCAUCUUGCUUCAGCUAGCGAACAAUCAUGGAAUAAUCACCAUACACUACAACAAAAUUGUGAUACCGAGAAAUGCUGCUUAUAUGAGGACCUCUGUAGGUGACACUUUUUGCCAUGCCAUCGAUUCCAUAUUUACCUUCGCUAAAACGAAUACAGUUUUCAGUAUAGGCUUCAUUGGAGGGAUGCUGGUAGGUGUGGGCAGCUGUUUGUAGUUUUAUUUUGUUAGGAAGUGUAUUUUUAAUUUUACAAAGUUUUUUAUUUUCAAUAAAGUCCACUCUAAAGAA